UGCAUUUUUGCAACACACAAACAGUAAGGACGGAAAGGGCAGAUAUGCGGAGAGAGUCAGUAGCUACGUAAUAUGACUUAAAACUGACAACUGUUUGAUUUUGGGAAUGGAAGACUCUAAUAAGGAUAACGAGUGUCCAUUUAUCGACCCAUGGUAUAGCUACAGCACUUGGGAAAGGGACUGUAUUCAGCAUCUUGAAGCUGAACCGGAUGUGGAGGCCAGGUUGAUGGCAGAGAAACAGGCAAUCUUAGACAAUUUAUGGGCUUCUUUUCAAAACGCCGCAAAAUCUGUCGCACAACUUUACAAGGAUCGCACAGUAUGUCGAUGUUGUAAUUCAGGCAACUCACACACCAAGCCAUGGACCCCUUUUCAAGAAGCUGCCAACAAAGUUACUUUGUUAUACAAAGACGGGAGUGAAGCGUUUACACGUGCUUGUGAAUAUGGAAAGCAAAUAGGUUAUCAAAAAAGAAAUAAAGAUGUUCUAAAAUGGGCAAAGACAAGACGCAAACAUGUGCGACGGGAAGAUUUAAUUUCAUUUCUGUGCGGAAGAACAUCACCAAGACGACGGCAAUCGGACUCGCGAACUGGCCUAGCAGCUUUAUCAGUUUCACCUAAACCGUCUGCUGAAGAUAUGUUCUCCGCACGCACAGAGUGCAUUGCCAACGAGCUAAGCGAUGCAAUGAACCAAAUCGAUGUCCGAAAACGUAACUUUUCGUCCGAUAUUAUCAUGGAGUCGCCCAAUCACAAACGACAAAGAUUCUGUUAGUACGGACAUUUUGUUGCUUUUCGAUUUUCCUAUAGAUAUUAUGUGUAUUUACAUCUGGGUGUCAGUGUAAAUUUCGUCAAUGUUGUGUGCCAUGGCCGGUAAUGCAUGAGCAUUUCAAGUACCGUCCGUGCGGUUGUGACGUAACAUCGUUGUUAGAUUUCGACUUCUCAGUAUAUUGUUAUUCCUUUUGCAUGGAAAUUGCUGUUUAAAGUUUGUUUAAAAUCUAAAAAAACAGUUAAUUUCGGUAUGUUUUUUGUCAACCCACUUAGUUAUAUAAUUUUUCCAACAGCUGUUGUUUUAGGGAAUCAAGAACUUUCACUUGUAACAUUGUAGGCAUCCGUUGAUAAAAAAGAUGUAGUGUCAACCAGAUAUAAUUAUCCUUUAAA